AUGCCAGAACUCAAAGUGCUCACGCAUAUCGAACUCCAAACCGGGAAAGCCAUGACGCAAUACCUUUGUAUCCAAUUUACGACCUCGACGCGUUCAAGAGAAGAAGAUGAGGCUGCUGAAAAGCCGUUGUCGAAAGCUGGUCUCGUCGCAGAGGUCGCCGAUGGCCGAACGCUUCGAGUUUGCGGCGUGAGGAGAUGUGACCUCCGUGCCAACGGCCAUCGAAUCGCGGCGCGAACCCGCUGGAUGAACAGUUGGGGAAACUUGUCGCACAGUGAUAUGCCACCGGUGGAGAGAGGCGAUACCGGCUCUUUAUUGCCGUCCCUCAUGCAGCUCUUUGGAGGCUCUCAGCGGCGGGAAGGCGUCAACACUCGCGCCAACUGA